UAAAUAUAUAUAUCAACUAUUUCUACUGAAACAAAUUUCAUUCAAGAGAAAAAUUAAAAUUGUCUACCAAGUUGAAAUUAACGAUAAUGUUAUGUUGAUAUAAAUAAUACAUUGCAGAGAUCGAUAAGAUCGAUAAUGCUGAUUAUCUCCUUAAUAUUAUAGAUUAUAUAUUUUAUCUCGUACACAAUGCCGUUUUUACCUGCAUUGUGAUGCACGAUGCAUGUAAGACGUAUAAUUUUUAUAUGAACACACUCGAGUUGCAUCGCGGAAUGAAGGACUCGUGAGAUAGAGGAAAUUUUGAAAACGAGAGAUAAAGUAUUAAAACAACUCACGCAUGUGUACGUAAAAUCGCAUAAUUAAGAGUGGCCUCGCCGCUCGAGCCGUACGCAUCAAUUAAAACUUGCGCCUAGGAGGGGGAGGGGGGGCUCUUGCACUUGUAGAGGCAAGUUAUAAUUAAUACAGAAUGCUGCCUGUCAAAAACGCACGUAUGGCGGGCGUGGAGACGAGAAGACUACCCAUAGUUUUGUAUUAAAAAAGGAGACACUGGAUGUAUUAACUGAAAAGUUCGUUUGUUACUUUUAGUUUUAUUCCAACACGAAGCCGAUUUUUAUAACGGUGAUGAUAUAUACUAUAUACAUCUUUCAUAUUUUAUUCCUUUUCCUCUAUUAUAUUUUUUAAUUUUCUUAAUUUGUAUAUUUAUGUUUUUGUAUCUUAAAAUUUAUUAUUUCCUUAAAAGAAAAUCUGUUUUAUUUAUACACGUCUGUAAUUUUAUAUUUACACUUUCGUUUCAGAAAGAACAUUAGUAUCAAAUUAAAACUAAUGUAUUUUAGUGUUAACAAUAAUUUUUUUAUGUAGCAAGCAGUAAAUUAUAUUCUUGUUUAUAUAUAUAUAUCAUAUAAUUUAAUCCUUGAAGAAUCCGAUAAAUUUAAGUUUUAACAAAAUAGUAUAUUUUUAUUUUAAUGUAAUAACAAUAUACAUCUAGUUUGAAGAGCACAAUAUGAUUUGUUUUGAUAUUAAUUAAAAUAUUAAAAACUUCUACUCUUUCUUUCUUUAUAUAACCCAUGAAUGUUAUUAUUAAAUAACGAGGAUAUAUCUUUCUAAAUAAAGCUACACAAAAUUGCUUAUAUAAGCAAGCUACGUCUGUUUAACGCACAUUUCAGUAUUUUGAAAAUAAAGAUUUUCAAAACAAAAAUGCUUCUUUUUUUUUUCCAAAAUUGUUUAGUGCCUGGACGCACGCUUUUUCGUUACAAAUUUCUCAAUCGAGGCGCGUAAAAUUACUUGCAAAGCCACUACACGCGUCUGGUAGAUGCGGCGCGUAGCAUGCGUGCGUGCGUGUGUAUGCGAUCGAUAAGAUGACGAUCGAUAGCGGUACGGCGGGACGGCUUAUCGGGCAACGUGCGCGCGAUAAGAUCUCUGCUCCCCCUGUGUACAAAGGGGGCGAGGGGGAGAGAGAGAGAGAGAGAGAGAGCGGAUUAUCCCGCCUGGUGUUCCUCGAGCUCUCGCGCUCCGUGACUCGCGAUACUACGGGCUACAUUUUAAUGGUAUAUACGCGAGCAAGUUCGAUCGGUGGAUUUUCCGCCUCGAGCUGAUUGUUCGCGGCGCGAUUUAACGCGUCAGCGUUUAGCGAUAUAUCGAUCCGCCGCGUGCAAGAUUCACCGUGACGAGCGCGUCUCUCCGUCACUUCCUCGUUCCGCGAUUGAUUUUCGCGAGCGGCAAUUUUCGAUUCCUCCUCACCGCCGCGGUUCCGGUGUCGCCGAUCCGACCUGCUGACGCGUCUUCUGCCACGAAUGAUUCGCAAUCGAUCCGUGAUACUUGCGAGCGAUUCCCAUCUCGGCGAACUGAAAAACGGAGGGACCGUUAGAUCUGUGGAACUUCCGCGGUAAAAUGAUUUGAAAAUUUAUUUCGUUAUUUCGAUCCGUGAAAUUGAAGAAUUUGUUUCUAGAACCCACGUUUCGCGAAAGAUUUUACUAGAAUUGAUGAUGAAAGUUGAUGAUGUUUAAUAUUCAAAUUAUGAAGAAGUUUAGUCACAAAAGCUAAACUGGACAAUUAAAAAUGGAACGUUGAUGCGGAGAGAAUUUUGUCUGCAUGAGUGCCCGAAACUUUGCGCGAAACACUUUAAUGCGCCAAAACUCGUGUCACGACGAUGUGAUUGGAUCUGAAGAGAAAAGAACCUAGCUGUGCAAUUUGUGCCCCGAGGACGAGUGGUUCGCGGAUUAUGUUGAGAAGCGCGAUAAGUGUGGGAACGCUAAGUGUCUUCCCGGUUUGAGAAUUCGUUCUCCGCCACCGCGCGCGCAUCAUGAGCAUACUGCUGUGGCGUCAACGCAGGGCGAGUCAGCUGCGGGCCGAAACUGCUCUCUCCUUGCCGAGGGAGGAUGAGGAGUGGAGCGACUCGGAGAAGACCCCGUCGGUGAGCAGCGGCGUGGACGGCGGCGGAUCGGCGGUAUCGAGCCCGAUUGCACCACCGGUGGUCGAGGAGGACUCAAGUUUGCCGCCCCCUCCACGACUCAACCCCGCGUCAUCCUCGACCAGCUCUUCUGCCAGCGAGGACAUCAGGCUGCGACUCAGCGUGCUCUCGGAGGACACGAGGAAGCGCCUGGUUAAUCUCACCGAGGACAUCGAGGCUAGAGUCAUAAGAGACCGCCAUGCGCCGUCCAGGACCGUGCAGACGCGGGAGUCGAGUCCCAAGGAAGUCGACGAGGAGCAGGCGGCUAAGGAGGACGAGUGCCAACCGAGGCCGUCCUCCUCGUUGUCGUCCACCGCCGUGAAGAGGCGGGACUCCGCCUGUCGCAGGGACUCGGAGGACUCGAUCGCCCCAGGGGAGACCAAGAGGAUACGGCCCGACGACGAGGCAACACCAAGACUGAGACUUAAUACUAGUCUGGCGACGGAUCCCGCCCUGCGGCCCGCCGCCGUCGCCGCCCUUACCGUGAAGCCGGAGAACACGUCGCCGCCGAACCCGACGCCGCCGCUUCCGGCCGGACUGCAGAACGCGAUCGCGUCAGGUCGUCUGUUCGUCCUGCCAACCGACGGCAAGGAGACGAUCACGGUGGAGCCAGCCAGACCUCCGCCGACCGCCCUGAUCUGUCCACCGUGCGGUAUCCGGUUUAGCUCGGCGAGCACUCUCGAGGCCCAUCGCACCUUCUACUGCGCUCAUCGGCCGCGCGUGGACGAGGACGCGGCGAACGACGAGGAUGACGACGGUGGCGGCGGUGGCGGUAAGACCGGCGGCAAGUUCGAAGCACGGAAGGCGUACGCGUGCCCGCACUGCUCCUACAGCGCUGACAAGAAGGUGUCCCUGAAUCGCCAUAUGCGUAUGCACGCGGCCUCGCCGGCACCGCCGACGAUACCCUCGUCGUCGUCGUCGUCGGCAGCGGUGGCAGCGGCGGCGGCGGCGGCGGCAGCGGUGAUGGCGAACCCGAACUCCACGACCGCCAACCAGGUCGGGGCCGGUCAAACCACCGCGGCUAACGGUUCCCUCAACGAAGAAGCUGAGAGAUAUUGUCGGAAUUGCGACAUUCGAUUUAGCUCCUUGAAAACGUACAGGGCGCACAAAACGCAUUAUUGCAGCACGAGGCACGUGGUGAAGGACACGUUGCCAACGCCGACGGUAACGCCUGCAUCCUCGGUGAAGGCGUCGCCGCCGACCAGUUCGAGUCCUGGUGAUUCACCACCCCCGCAGCCGUGCCUGGCGUUGCCUACCAACCCCAUUCUCAUCGUGCCGUAUUCGUUAUUCCGCGGCGCGAGCGUCCUCGCCGCGCCGGCACUUCCAGCCCCCGACACAGCGUGCUUCCUUUUGCCAAACGGUUCCCUUCAGCCAAUGACGAGGGGCCUCGCUUCUUCGGCACAAAACACCGUGGUGGAGCCGCCGGCCGUCCUGAGGGCGGCGAAUAAGCCCUCGACGCCGGCGUCGGUGGUCGCGUCGGCAUCCACGUCACCGUCCGCUUCGGCGCCCCUCGAUCUCAGCAUACGCAGGUCGCCGGUGCAUCAGGACGAGAAGGAGAACAGGAUGUCGCCGGUGCCAUCGUCUCUGCAGCCACCUCCCGGCAGUCCCAGGUCUAGAGGCAGCGGCAGCCCUAGAACGAGAUCCAUCGGUCCGGCUCAAACCGCCGUCGCGCCACCCCCGCCCACGGAACUCGCCCUGAGACUUGCUGAACUGCCACCGCCCCCUGUUCCCGGAGUGCUUGUCAAGCAGGGCGUCUCCAGGUGCAAAGAAUGCAAUAUCGUUUUUUGCCGACACGAAAACUUUGUCGCUCAUAAGAAACACUACUGCCAGGCGAGGGAGACGACGGUGAGCAACAGUCCACCGCCUCCCGGCACGCCCUCGCCGCCACUGGUCCAGCUCAUCUGCGCCGCGUGCGGUAUCAAGUUCGCUUCCAUAGACAAUCUGGUCGCUCAUCAGGCGUUCUACUGUCCCAAGAGGCCCGAACCUCAGGAACAUCACGCGCGAUGUUCUAAGUGCAAGGCGGUGAUGGAACCCGGUAGCAAUCAUACCUGCGCCAGUGGUGCGACCGGCGGCUGGAGAUGUCCGGUCUGCGGCGCCGUCAGUCCCACGGCCGGCGCUGCCCAGCGUCACAUGGACGCCCAUCAGGGCGUCAAAGCCUUCCGGUGCACGAUCUGUCGUUACAAGGGUAACACUCUACGCGGCAUGAGAACCCACAUUAGGAUGCACUUCGAGAAGCGUGGCACUGAUUUACAGGAAGAGAAUUAUAUAACGUGCGUGCUGGACGACGAGGCAACGCUGCCGACGCCGGAGCCCGCGGCCUCCACGACUCCGGAGGAGAUCCCCAUCGAGAUUCAGGUGAACGGCAAAACGGACAUGAGAAAGAGCCCGCAGCCGCCACCACCACCGCCACCGCCGUCAGCGCCGACGCCGUUGGCAUCAGCGAUCGCCAACAAGCAGGUGAAGCAGGAGCGCGAGGACACGCCGCCACCAGAUGAGAGCCUGGACCCCAGCAAGAGUGGGCCGCGCUACUGCCGCUCCUGCGACAUCAGCUUCAACUACCUAAGCACCUUCAUCGCCCACAAGAAGUUCUACUGCUCGAGCCACGCCGGCGAGGCAAGCAAUAAUAACAACAACAAUAACAACAACAACAAUAACGCCGCCAGCGGCCAUCCUACGACGCCGCCGACCGGCAGGACCGAGGCGUCGGUGCUCUAAAUCUCCGAAGAAGUUGCAACGACACGCGGCUCCUCCGCCAUUCGUUCCCUUUCUCUCGGAAAGACUCUCCUUGUACUUUUCUUCUGUGAGAAAUACUUUGAGAUAAUUAGGAAUGAUAAUUAGGAAUGAUAAUUCGGGAGUAAUCUCUGAGAUUUUUCCGUUCGUAUAUUGGGAUAUUUCGUAUUUCAUCAGGUAAAGAAGUGAAGACAUUGUAUUUUAAAUAAUUGUAAAAUUCUGUAGUAAAAAUACAAAUAACUUUGUUUCGACAGAAUUUUUUCUAUAUAAUUAUGUAUAGAGUAUUUUUUUCUUGUUAUAUUCGAUCAAAUUAAUUUAAUUAAUUCUGAGAAUAUUUAUCGAAAUUAAACCUGAAGUUUACUUCUGUGAAUGUUGCAUUUUUUUUAGAGAGGUCCAGUAAAAAAGAAGUGAGAAAGGCGAAACGUGUGAGAGACAAAAAUAACAGAUUAAAAUGGGGACUGUAUAGACUUUAUUGUUGCCAGUUUAUACAUAAUAAUAAUAAUAAUAAUAAUAAUAAAUGACUAUUGGACUUCUUAGUUGAAUAUUAUGUUGUGUGAUUUUUGUUGACCCAGGGAAUUGUUUGUACUUAUAAGUCGAAGAUAUCUAUAUGUAAAUAUAUAUACACUCACGCAUACAUAUAUAUAUAUAUAUUUAUUACAAUUGUAUUAUAUCAUUUCGAAUUGCACUAUAAAUAUUUUCAAGUAUUUUUAAAGUGUUUUUUUGAAAUAUAAUACAUAAUUGUAAUAUAUAUACAUAUACAUAUAACAUUGUAUAAUUAGGAAUCAUACGCGUGAUUGGACGAGCUUGCAGAAAAGAUUUGCAAACAGAUUCAAAUCUAACACACAGUUAGACAUAUUAAUAAACAUAAUCUAUACAUAUGAUAAUAAAGUAAAAUCUAACAAAGUUAAUUUAAGAAACAAGCUUUAAUCUCGAUCUUUUGCGAUAAGUUUUUUUUACUACUGUUUAUCUCUUUUUUCUAAUUACCUUAUUUAAUCUGGUGUAAAAAAUAAUAUAAUCUGUAAUUAUUUGUUUCCCUUAUGUUCUAUUUUUCUUUUCUUUAUUAUUUACUCUUCGAUUGUUGUUUAGUUACAGAUUAGAGAAUUAAUUUUCUGUUUUACAAAUAAAAAAGCAUUGCGACAUAAAUAAGUUAUAUCUAAAAAUAUAUUAUAUAUCAGUGUGUUUUAUAAUGUAUAAACGAUUCUGUUUGCAAAUGAUCUUGACGAUCGUCACGUCAUACCAUUCUCUUGAAGCAAUUUUUGAGAGUGUUGGCAAGAAUCGACGUCUCGCGUCGCGUCGCGUCGUCCUGUACAUAAGAAAAUCGACGAAAGGCAAAGUGGAGAAAGAAGACGACUGAAUUUGACGCCAGCAUGAUCGAUCGAUCCGGGCGUUGCUGUGCAAUCUCAUGACUCUCCAAUAAUCUCGUAGCGUUAAUAAUCGACAUUACGAACGAAUACGAUGAAUGUAAAAUGUUGUACAGUAGGCGAGUAGAGUAUUACGGAGCGCGGUAGUAAGCGAUCUUGAUGAAUGAUACCAAUCUCAGCUUGUGAAUCUGCUAAGUUACGUUGCGCAAUGUAUGACAUUUAAUAUAUAUUAUAUAUAUAAAUAAAGAAAUGGUUACGCAUGUCCGCGAAAAUCGCGCCCGCGAAUAAAUAAUUACGUGAUUGCGUCGAUAAAUAUCCAUUGAGGGAAUUUAAUAUGCAUUUAACAGACUACGCCAUAAAGUGUGAAAGUUUACAGCGAGAUAUCUAUUCAUAAUGAAAGUUAUCUUAAAGAAAAUUUCCUUGUUGAUUAUUAUUCAUUUGUCACAUUAAAAAAAAAGAUAAUUGAAACAUGAAAGGAUAAAAUUUAACAUUCUUAAUAUUUUUAAUAUUUAAUAUCAAAUACUUCGAAGUGACACGAGUUCAGUUUUAUAGGUCACAUCAGGAAUCUAGUAAAAUUUAUUUAACUUUUUCAUUUAUUAAGCUCAAUCUUUAGAAUCUAUAUUUAUUUUUAAUAACAAACAAUUUCAUAAAUUUAAUAUGCUUAUUUAAAUAAUGAUCAAAGAAGAAUGAAGUCCUCUAAUUCAUCGAGAACUCCUAAAAUUUUAUAAAGAUAUUUACAGACCUAUUGAGAUAUAUCUUGUAUAUAAUUAUGCAUAUUGCAACGAAUGCAAUAACAUGAUAAAAAUAUCUCCAAAUGCCUCUCUCGCUUAUCGGCGUUAUCAUUUGGAUUUUUAUCGGCGCACUCGGUCCCGUGCAUCCUAAAAUCAAAAACGUGCUCGCGAAGCGGAACGAGCACAUCCCCCUCAUCGCAAAGCGUGUGCGAAUGUAACAUAAAUUAGAAUUAAGGCCAGUGUUACGUGUAUACGCAAUGUACUACUCAUAUCAUACGACGAGCUCACUAAUUAAUUAAAACGGAAAAAAAAACAAGAAAAUGUGCCGAUCACUGUCCGCGCGGCGAAUACCACGAGGGCGAGAGAGGCUUCAAUGCGCGCGAGGAGGAUCUCUUGUAAGAGAAAAGUAAUCUCGUCACAUCGACCAGAUUUACUCCCUUCCUUCUACCCCCAAUCAUUACAGACUUUGAGGUAAUUUUCUUCGAACUGCGAGACCUUUUGUUGAAUGUUACGUUGUUAAUCAGGAGUUGAAUGUGCGCCUGUGUGUGUGUGUGUGUGUGUGUGCGUGUGUGUGUGUGUGUGCGUGCGUGUGCGCGAAAAAAUUUGUAAACCACACAACUGUUCCAACAACUUGUUAUAAUACGCUAUAAAUCUGGUGUAUAUCAUUACAUGCCAUAUCCAUGA